ACGAAAAUUAAAAUAAAAUUGUCAUCGUUUUUGAGCAUGCGCAUUAGCCCCACCCCGACCGAGCAGCCAUUUUGUUGUUGGUGCUAUCUGUCACUGUUUGUGUUUGAUUAUAAUCAGUUUUUCCCGUAUAAAUAAAAGGAAUUACCAGAAUUUGUCAAGUUUUUCAUAGAGUUAACCUUAAUUUUUCAAAAUGCCUAAACCAGUGAAUGUCAGAGUUACAACAAUGGAUGCAGAGUUGGAGUUUACCAUCCAACCUAGCACCACUGGGAAACAACUCUUUGAUCAGGUUGUAAAAACGAUUGGAUUAAGAGAAAUUUGGUUUUUUGGAUUACAGUAUGUUGAUAGUAAAGGUUACAUUACUUGGUUAAAAUUGAACAAGAAGGUGUUAAGUCAAGAUGUUAAAAAGGAAAAUCCUAUGCAGUUUAAAUUUAGGGGAAAAUUUUAUCCAGAAGAUGUUGCUGAAGAACUUAUUCAAGACAUUACAGUGCGUUUGUUUUAUCUGCAAGUGAAAAAUGCAAUAUUGAGUGAUGAAAUAUAUUGUCCUCCUGAAACAUCUGUUUUGUUAGCAUCCUAUGCAGUUCAAGCAAAAUAUGGAGAUUAUUAUUCUGAAAUUCAUAAAUCUGGUUGCCUUGCUAAUGAUCGUCUCUUACCUCAAAGAGUAAUGGAUCAACAUAAAUUAUCUAGAGAUCAGUGGGAAGAAAGAAUAACUAAUUGGUGGGCUGAACAUAAAGGAAUGCCCAGGGAAGAUGCAAUGAUGGAAUAUUUAAAAAUUGCUCAAGAUCUUGAAAUGUAUGGAGUGAAUUAUUUUGAUAUCAAAAAUAAAAAAGGAACUGAUUUAUGGCUAGGAGUCGAUGCUUUAGGACUAAAUAUUUAUGAGAAAGAAGAUAAAUUAACUCCUAAAAUUGGAUUUCCUUGGAGUGAAAUAAGAAAUAUAUCCUUUAAUGAUAGAAAAUUUGUCAUAAAACCUAUUGACAAAAAAGCUCCAGAUUUUGUUUUUUUUGCUCCAAGAUUAAGAAUCAACAAACGUAUUUUAGCACUUUGUAUGGGAAAUCACGAAUUAUAUAUGCGUCGCCGUAAACCAGAUACUAUUGAAGUACAGCAAAUGAAAGCACAGGCUAGAGAGGAAAAAUUGGCACGACAACAAGAAAGAGAAAAGCUAAGGAAAGAAAUGGAGGCACGUGAAUUAGCAGAGAAAAAACAGCAGGAAUAUGCUGAAAGAUUAAAACAAAUGCAAGACGAAAUGGAAAGAAGGCAGAGGGAAUUAGUCGAAGCACAGGACACCAUACGUCGUCUAGAAGAACAAUUACGAAUAAUGCAGCAAGCAAAAGAACAUUUAGAGCAAAAACAAAAUGAACUACAGGAAAUGAUGAUGAAAUUAGAACAUGAUAAAGCAAUGGAGAGUGAAGAAAAACUUAAAUUGGAAGAGGCGAUAAGAGCCAAACAAGAAGAAGUAUUACGCAUUCAGGAGGAGGUAAACUUGAAAGACGAAGAAACACGUAAGCUUCAAGACGAAGUGGAAGAUGCACGCCGCAGGCAAGAAGAGGCAACGGCAGCACUACUGGCCGCAACAUCGACUCCCAAUCACCAUCACGUUCGGGAAGACGAACACGAAGAAAAUGACGAAUUAACAAAUGGUGGUGAAUAUGGUAAGCAAGGAGCCGAAUUAUCUAGAGACGACAAUAUAAAUUUACCCCGUCCGGAAGAAGAACGUAGCACUCAAGUAUCAAAAGAAAAACAUUUACAAGACCAACUAAAAAUGCUUAGUAAAGAAUUAGCUACAGCGAAGGACGAUACAAAAUUGACUCGUAACGAUCUUCUUCAUCAAGAAAACGUUAGACAAGGACGUGACAAAUACAAGACGCUCCGCGAGAUUCGCAAAGGAAAUACCAAGAGAAGAGUCGAUCAGUUCGAAAAUAUGUAAUUUACUGUUACAUUUUAUCACGCAUUUGCCGUCCUGUGAUUUUUUUUCCAUUCUCUACGUAUUACCAAACACACCAGAGGGGGGAAUUGCCGAUAGAAUUGUCAUUAUAUUUGUAAUUUUUUUUAAAGUAGUAGUAAUGGGAAGAACGAACCCGUGACUUAGUCCGCCAUCUUUUUGAUAACUGUUAACUGAAGCAUUCCACGUCAGCCUUUAGUAACGUCUUGUUUUGUUUUUUUUUUUUAGAUUAACAUUUCCGAUUAACAAUUUGUUGUUUGUGCACUUAAUUUAGUCUUGGCGACUUUUUUGAAUGAUUGUUUUUUUUAGUAAAUUUUAUAUCGGGAGCAAUUAUUUACUUACUUCGAGGCUGGUUUAAGAAUGCUUCCGAAUAACCGAGCCAGGUAGUAGUUGCAAUCGUAAACAAGAUCAAAUAAAAUAUUAAAAAAAAAAAAUGUGAUUCCUUAGUUAGGAACUGUAAAAUAUAUAAAUGUAUAUUGUCUUAGAAGUGGUUUGCAUAUACACGUUUGAAAAGUAACUAAAAAAAAAAAAGGAAAUUACAUCUCGGUAUCGCUAUAUCAUAGUUUUUUAUAUACAUUCAGACCAAAAAUUUCUAUUUUCUACAAUCGACGAUGGUAUUGUCGCAUCUACAUUUUCAAAUUUCACGUUCGUCUUCUUUUUUAGCGAAACAAAGAGGACUUCCAAACCGGCCAUUUUUGCAUUUAUCCAUUUCUCGAUUCGAUGCUGAAGAUUUUUAUAUCAUGGUUUUAGAAUGUCUGUGCCUUCCGCAAAAAGAAAAACUUACGCCAUGUUUACUGUAAUGAUUUUUUUUCCUAAUCGAUACCCACGGUUACCCCACACCUAAUUGGAGUAUUUCGCUCCGCUUUUGACUUUUCUUAAUAUUUUUGAAACGGUUGUUAUAUUACACAGACAGACUAACUGGUUUUUUGGUCUUUAACUAAACUGCAAUUGCCCUUUAUAAAGGUGCUAGAUAUAUUGUUGUACUUGAACGAUCACUGUUAUUUGUUAAGACAUUUUUAGAACUGCAACAACAGAAAAUAAAAUCACUGCUCUAUUGUCUAA